AUGCCGUAUCUUCCGUUCGGCACCCCCUCAGCAUACACUGACUCGUUCCCUGCCCCGUCCCCGAAGCAUGUCACCGUCACUGCCGACACCUGCUUCAAUCUCACUGUUUUCAGAGAUAUCGUGCGGCAGUACCGCAAGCUGGACGACCAGAUCAUCAUCCGCUUGAACAGGGCGCAGGCUGAGCUCAGAGAUCAGUCACGGACGUCAGGCUCUUCUUGGAUUCCUGCCAAAUCCAUGGACGGCGCCGAAGGGAUGUGUGUCAAGCUUUGGGCAGAGAUGAUGGGUCAGCCAAUAGCCCCCCUCAAGCUUGAGACGUUCCCUGACAUGAUGAAACAGAGGGGUGGGUUCACCGACGGACUCUUCUGA